UUUCGCGGGUAAGGAUCGCGUUCCCUUGUCGGCCUUUUUUUUCUCGGUGAUGUAAAAAAAACUAACACCUAAGAGAAAAAGAGAGAGAAAGGGAGAGAAGAAGCAUUUGGAAUCGUCACGGUUCAAGGUGCAUUUUCAAGAUCGUCGCCAAAGGCCGUCACAGCAGAGAAUAUCUCAUUGUGGAGGGAAGCGAUCGACCCAAAAAAAGACAUCGGCAUGUUACGGCGAGCAAACGUCGCGAUGCCGAUGCAAGCGUUAACGUGACAAAGAUUGAGGUGAUGCUCGAGGAAGCACCAGACAGCAUCACCGUCGGUUCCAUGUCAUCUGAAUUGGAAGCCACCACCGAACUUAAUUCAACCUUUCCCCACGGCACAGGCGCGGUAGUGGUGCGAGCGGAGGAAGCCCUGAUCGUCAUUCUCGUCCUGGUCCUGUGGGUGGCUGCCAUCGCUCUGUUUUUCAAUCGAUGGGGCAAGAUCCGCAUGCUCGAGCCGUAUCAGCCGAAAUUUCAGCAACAGCACAGACAAAGCUGCACCACCAUAAUCGACCCAAACCCCCUUCAGCCCCGGAGCUACUCGAAGUUCAACAUCCACUGCAUGGAGCAUCCGGUGAGCUGCGUGUCGGCCGCGGCCGGGCCGGCUGCCAGGCUGCGCCAGAACAGCGUGUUCGUGGGCUCGAGCACGUCGCUGCUGCCGACCAGCCAAGAGACGCCCAGGCGAACCAAGAGCGCGUUCGAUCUGCAGUCGCUGGUGCACGCGGAGGGCGCCGGGUCGCAGAACGAUGAGGAGCGCGACGGUGACACGCUGAGGACCCUCAGGUCCAUCGGCGAGUCGUCGCGGCUGCUGCAGCAGCGGGAGCGCCGGCCCAGUACCUAUCUGUUCGACCGUAUGGACGUCCUGGCGAGGCCGACGCUGCAGCGGGAGCGCGGCAUGAGUAUCUGUCACUUCGACAGGACGGACGUCCUGGCCAGGCCGCUGCAGAGGGACCGCGGCAUGAGUAUCUGUCACUUCGACAGGACGGACGUUCUGGCCAGGCCGCUGCAGAGGGACCGCGGCAUGAGCAUCUGCCACUUCGACCGGACGGACGUCCUGGCGAGACCGUCGUUGCAGCGCGAUCGCGGCAUGAGUAUCAGCCCCUUCGACCGGACGGACGUCCUGGCGAGACCGGCGUUGCAGCGCGAUCGCGGCAUGAGUAUCUGUCACUUCGACAGAAUGGACGUGCUGGCGAGGCCCACGUUUCCGCCCGGCAAGUCCCUGCUGCGGGAGAGACGCGUCAGCGUGUGCAACUUCCUGGAGAGGGACGAGGAGUCGCCGGGCAGCAGGAGUUCCCUGCAAACGGACAAGCGGUUGAGCGUCAGUAACGUCGACAGAAUUGAGACUCUCGGGAAAUCGUCGUCGCGCCGAGACCUACGCGCCAGCGCCAAUAACGUGGACACCCGGCAGGACGUAACGUUGGUGAAAUGCAUCACGAUCAGAGAGAGAAACAACUCCGUGCAUCACAUCGAUCGUCCAUCCUGCAGCAAAACGUCCGACGUCGUGCUCGGAUACAAAGCGACGUGCGUUUAAUCGGCCGCUUCUUCCGGAGGCUGAAGAGAACGCGCGAAGACGACGACGACGAUAACAUUGAUUCCGUGACCGAUAGUCCAGUUGGUCUGCCUUGGACGAAAUACGGCUGUGAAAUUCUUUCGUAAUCGCUUUUGCUUCGAUGCCAGCACAUCCUUUAUCGCUUAUAUUUCUUGUAUUCUUUUAUGGAUUCUCCUGGAAAAAAAAUAUCACAGCCCUGAGCACCUUAUCGAAUGGCCCUUAUCGAACCGUCGAUGCAGACUGCGAUAACUAAUCGCUGCAUUUCGAACGUUAUGCGGUUUCGAAAUGACGACUCGCCCUCAUUUCUCUCUUUGCGCCAUAAACGUCGCUUCAAUCUCGCUCGCUCGCUUCGCACACAGAUGGAGAACGGUCUAGUUCUCUCAGUCAGAGAAAUAUUUCGCACCCAUUUCCUGCACAUGCGAAAUUACGUGCGCGUCGGGUCUUUCCAGGUACUCUCCAGAAAUUAAAGGCGUGUCGCGUGGCCAUGCAAACAGGAGGGCGGACGUUGAGGAUCGUUUUUCAGUUACUCUUUUUCUUUUGUUAUUUUUUCUUCCUUUUUUCCCGCGGGCUAAAUGUAAUAACGAAAUUACCUACCGCGCCCUCGAUUCGGUCGGCCUUAUGAAUGAUACAUGACGGGCAUUUCGACGAAUUCGCCCAGGGAAAUUACGUUCGUUGAAUUUCCCUUCGUUACUCGACGAUUUGUCGUUAAUGGUAUAUUCGAGAGUUUCGCUAGCCGAACAAUGAAACCGUAGAACGCAACUGAUAUAUUGCGAACACAGCCGCGUCAGUACUUAAACCGAAUAAAUACGGCGGGAGAGCCGCGAUUAUAUACGAGCAUUGGUAAAUGGUUUCAUUGAUGCGUUUAUUCGGGCGGCCCGGAAUUUUUAAUUAACAUCCUUGAUCGCGGGGGUCUGACGAGUGGGCGGCGUAUAAUCAGUCCUACGGAAAAGGAAUCGAUCGACCAACUGCAUUCACUCCUAUCCAAUUGUGGUCUUUAUCUCUCUUUCUCUCUCUCUCUCUCUCUUUCUGUCUUUUACUCACAUAGCCAUAAUUAUAGACGGAGACUUUUUCUCCUCUUUCUCCUCUUCCUCUCGGACUGCAAUCCGUUGUAGGGAGCGAAUCGUAGAAAUUACUCUAUUCUUCGGAGAGAUGAGGUCUCGCGUAGCAUCUCCUCUUCUUGUAAACGUACGGGCUCUCGCAAAUUGUCUGCACACACAAGGCAGCGUAAAUCAUUUAAUUAAACGCAACGGCGCGUUCACCAAGCGCGUUCGAUCGUUCGAUCAGUAGAACCUGUCAACGCCAUCAGCAUAAGGAAAAGAACGGCACAUGCUCUCAGGGAUUAUUAUUUAAAAUCUUCACUCGUGAAAAACAGUCUCUGUCGCUCUAAUAUAGUCCAUCGAAUACGCAUUUAUUUCUUGCAUUUCAAUUAAACGUUACAGAGCCUAUUAAUUUAGCUAUAAUGUUGAACGGAUUGAUAUCGAAUGUAUCGGUCGGAUCGUUAAUUGAGCUUUGUGGUCGGCCAAUGUACGAAACACGAUACGUAGUCAGUGCAAAAACGACCGUACGUUUACAUUUAACGAUCGUAACGGUCAUUAAAAUUUCAUUAUCGCAUAAUGGGUUUGAUUGCGCUUCUAGUUUUGGCGAGCACGUCAUAAUUCUACGCGAUUAAUGCUGUCGUAAAGUACAAAAACGUUCAAAGCAUAUACUAUUCUAAAGUCACAGACAGAAACUAUAAUAAUAUUCGCCGUCAUAUCCACGAAUAUAUCCGUAACGAUAUAACGAAAUAAUCACCUAUUUUGAAUAAUUAAUAGAUUUACAUGGUACAUUAUACAUACAUAUACGGGAACUAAAUGUCAGAUAUUUUCGGAGAGCCUACAUAUUUUUAUCUGUUGGGAUAAGACAAGCAGUUACUAUUGAGAUUAUUCUUAGUAUCUAUAGUUCCUUCGACAUUGGAAGGUGAUGUAUGAAGCGCGACUUACAUGGGUUCGGUGCUAGAGAGCUCUUACCGAGAUUCGUAGAUUGUACACGUGUUUGUAGAGCACGAAAUUAAAGAGAUGAUCUCAUUGAGCCGUCGGUACAUUAUCGGCUUUUAAUUUGAAAGUUCACGCUAAGAGAUAAUUAAAAGCGAGAACUGAAAAACAGAGAUGUUAACUGGAUAACUCUCAAUGCGAACAUCUCUCAAUUUAUUAAAGACCCCUGUCUGCUGUUUUGAUGCUUUAAUUAAAUGUGCAACGAAAGUCACCGUGCAAAAAGCGAGAAAUCAACACAGUUUUAAUCCUCUAUGCAGCGGAAAGCGGCCUUCAAUAAAACCAAAUAUUACCGUGAAAUUUUCUCGCGUGCAUUUAUAUAAAAGCGGGAGUGCGAAUCUCUUUGCCGACGAGAUUAUCAUUUUAUUUUUCCCUUCUGACGUAAUUGUAUUACUAUAUGUAACUAAAGCGCUCGGCUCAAUAAUACAUAUUAAUCUACGCGAAAAACGUACCUCGUCUACAGUAGUCAAUACAUUAUUGUUCCAAACUAUCAUGACUGUUAAAUAACAUAAAUAUGUGAUCUUCUUUCUUUCAUGUGAAAUAAAAUACUAUUUCUCGCGAUCAGAAUCCCUGUUAUCUCUAUUAUGGAAAUUGUAAACUUUAUGGAAGUAUUAAAUGCAGUUAUAGCUCGUGAUCUCUCAUUGCAGAUCAAAAUUCAUUAACAAGGGGACCUUCUCUUAAUUAGCCGAGAAUAUCGUAGAGUAAUUAUAUAUAUACGUAUGUAGACACAUUCAGACCAAAUGUAAGCUUUAAAUUUUAAGAUUAUAAAAUAUUAAUAGUGAAGACUACUCAUAUAGAUUACGCGUUAACUUUCAUGGACUUCAUAUCUCAAACGUUCGUACUUUCGACGAUUCAGACUGUUUCAAUAAAAAAACAUUUGAGAAUUUUAAAAAGUACGCGUAUUUUUUCAUGGAUGUCCGAUAAAUAUUUGUGACACGGGAUUUAUGUACACCUCUCUUUUUUUUUGCAUAAGAACGAAGCGUUGUGAAAAUAACGCGUUGCAUAUUAUAUUUUGUUGAAUACUCGUUCAAUCCCAUAUUUAUUUAAAAAAUAUAUAGAAAUUGCCAAAUGAUUUAGUAAUGAAAGUAUUGUUGAAGAGUGCAUUUACUCCGGAAAAUUCUUGCAGUUUUUUUGUAAAUCUUUACGAAAACAUCGAGACAUUUUUAUAACAGAUUUUCUGUUAUAUUUAUUGGUUGCGAAGAAUUUGAAGUGUUUGAAGAGGAGUACAAUAUCAAAGAACUAUAUAUGAAUAAGAAUAAUAAUGUUAGACUUAUGGGAUAUGAUUUAAAAGUAUGAUGUAUGGUUAAAAAGAUUGGAUCACUAUAAACAAUUUGCGAAGUGGACAAAUUGUUUAGAUAAGGAGCGUUUAUUAAACGAGUUAAUGCUAAUAAAUUGUAUACCUUAUUAUAACAUAUAUAUUUAAUUAUUUAUAUUUUAAGGAGUUUGUUAUUUAUAUAAUUGUAAAACUCCGAUUAAUCAACUGACGUUAACCGACUUCGAUUUCUUAAUAAUUUAUCAUUGUGUGCGUUGGUUCGAGUAAUUUUUCUAGUCAUCGUAUAACCAUGUGUAGAAGAUAAUUUUGUGAACAUGUUAGCGAAUGACUUUUUUACAAUAAAUAUUAUUUGAAAUGA